AUGGGUACAAUAAAUCAUUCUGCAGUGACUGAGUCAAGAUUAACUGAACAACCAGAGCUUCAGCAGCCCAUUUUCUGCGUCUUCAUAGACAUUUAUAUAGUUUCUAUGGUGGGAAACCUUGGCCUGAUUGCAAUAAUUAGGCUGAAUCCUCAACUUCACACCCGCAUGUUCUAUUUUCUCAGUAGUUGGUCUUUUUUGGAUUUUUGGUAUUCUUUUGUCAUUACCCCCCAAAUGCUAGCAGGAUUUAUAUGCAGAGAUAAAUCUGUCUCCUGUUCUGGAUGCAUGACUCAGCUGUUUCUUUUUUUCUUUUUCUGUUUCUGAAUGCUGGCAGCCAUGUUCUAUGAUCACUAUGUGGCCCUCCGCUCCACCCCAGUGCCCAGUGUCAUCAUGUCCCCUGGGGUCUGUUCUCAUCUCUGCUGGUGACUGCUGUCCUUUCAGUAAGUUUAACCCAUGCAUGGAGGUUGUAUAUUAAGGUUGUCUUCUUGUAGAUCAAACAUCAUUAAACGUUAUUUCUGUGACGUUAUCCCUCUUAUUAAACUCUCCUGUUCUAGCACUUAUCUUGAUGAGCUUUUGAUUUUUGCCAUUGGUAAAUUUCACAUGGUGACCACUAGCCUAACAAUCAUCAUUCUAUAUGUUUUUAUCCUCACCAGCAAUCUCUGCAUCCACUCUAAAGAAGGCAGGCCUAGCCGCACCUGCAGCUUCCACCUGACAGUCACUGUUAUUUUUUAUGGGUCUUUCAUGUCCAUGUAUCUCAAACCUGCUUCCAGCAGUUCACUCACCCAGGAGCAAGUAUCCUUAGUGUUGUACACCACUGUGAUUCCCAUGUUGGAUCCUUUGAUAUAUAGUCGGAGGAACAAGGAAGUGAAAAAUGCACUGUGA